GUUACCGAUCGACUCAAUUGUUAACUACUGGCUCUUCGGACGAAAUCGAUUAGAUCGAGUUAGACGAGUUAGAUACGCGGACGAGCACAUAGAUAUUCAACUCGAUUAUAUAUUUACUAAUUGAUCUUUUUUUUUUUCACCUUCGAAAUGACCGAUGGGGGAAUAUUCGCUUACCUUAACUAUCUAACGCCGAAAAGUAGGAAGGAGAUUUUGGAGCUUCUCGUAGGUGGAUUGAAAAGAUUGGAAUACCGUGGAUAUGAUUCUGCAGGCGUUGCCCUUGAUUCAGCCGGAGGGAAAGAUAUUUCCAUCAUCAAAAAAACUGGAAAGGUCAAGGCACUGGAGGAGGAAAUCUUUCACCGUACCGAUGUUGAUUUUGAAUCUAAAACCGAUAGUCACGUUGGCAUUGCCCAUACGCGUUGGGCUACUCACGGUGUACCAUCCGAAGUGAAUUCGCAUCCUCAACGAUCCGAUUUCGAGCAUAGCUUUGUCGUUGUUCACAAUGGUAUCGUGACGAAUUACAAAGAAGUAAAGACCUUGUUAGAGCAAAGGGGAUACGUUUUCGAGAGCGAAACCGAUACCGAAGUGAUUGCCAAAUUAAUUCAUCAUCUUUGGAACAUUCAUCCAGGAUACUCUUUCCGUGAACUUGUAGAGCAAGUUGUACAACAAAUCGAAGGGGCAUUUGCAUUAUGUUUCAAGAGCAAACAUUUCCCAGGCGAGUGCGUAGCUACAAGAAGAGGCUCGCCUCUUCUCGUUGGUAUCAAAACGAAAACAAGAUUGGCCACCGAUCACGUGCCCAUUUUAUAUGGCAAAGAUGACCCACAACCCGCGAGCAAAGAAGGUGACACGUCGUCUCAAGAUCAUCGUCCUCAUGGCCGCAAUGCCGAGCUUCCUGUGAUACCUCGAAGCGAAAGUACGUCCGAAUUUCAGCCUUUGGAAGACAAAGAGGUCGAGUACUUUUUUGCAUCCGACGCCAGUGCCGUGAUCGAGCACACCAAUCGUGUCAUCUUCCUUGAGGACGACGAUGUGGCUGCCGUUAAAGAAGGAGCUCUCAGUAUCCAUCGACUCCGUCGUUACCUGGAUGAUCCUCAUGCGAGAGAGAUCACGACCCUUAAAAUGGAGAUUCAACAGAUCAUGAAGGGUAACUAUCAAUAUUUCAUGCAAAAGGAGAUAUUUGAACAGCCUGAAUCGGUGGUGAACACGAUGAGAGGUCGUUUGAAUUUCCAAGACAACUCUGUAACAUUAGGUGGCAUCAAGGACUAUAUUCCCGAGAUAAAGAGAUGCAGACGAUUGAUGCUUAUCGGAUGUGGCACGAGUUAUCACUCUGCCAUUGCGACGAGACAACUACUCGAAGAAUUAACCGAACUCCCUGUAAUGGUCGAAUUGGCCUCAGACUUUUUGGAUAGAAAUACUCCAGUUUUUCGGGACGACGUGUGCUUUUUUAUCUCGCAAUCGGGCGAAACCGCUGAUACCUUGAUGGCAUUGAGAUAUUGCAAAGGUCGAGGAGCUUUGAUUGUCGGUAUCACAAAUACCGUUGGUAGUAGUAUUUGUCGAGAAUCGCAUUGCGGUGUACACAUUAAUGCUGGCCCUGAGAUCGGUGUGGCCAGUACAAAAGCAUACACUUCUCAGUUUAUUUCGUUAGUAAUGUUUGCAUUGGUCAUGAGCGAGGAUAGAAUCUCUCUCGGUGCGAGACGUCAGCAGAUCAUAGAGGGAUUGAAGAAUUUGGACAAGCUGAUUCGGGAGGUUUUGAAAUUGGACGACGAGGUGAAGGAAUUGGCAAAGUCCUUGUUCCAACAUAAGUCUCUUUUGAUCAUGGGUAGGGGAUAUAAUUUUGCCACGUGUAUGGAAGGUGCCUUGAAAGUGAAAGAAUUGACCUACAUGCACAGCGAAGGAAUUAUGGCGGGUGAAUUGAAGCAUGGUCCCUUGGCUCUGGUCGAUGAUUCGAUGCCCGUAAUCAUGAUCGUUAUGAGAGAUCCUGUAUACGUGAAAUGCAUGAAUGCUCUACAACAAGUAACGGCGCGCGAAGGCAAACCUAUCGUCAUUUGCGAGGAAGGAGACAAGGAAACGAAAUCCUUUGCGUAUAAGGCACUCGAAAUACCAAAAACUGUCGAUUGCCUACAGGGUAUCCUUACUGUCAUCCCUAUGCAAUUGUUAUCUUUUCACAUUGCCGUUUUACGUGGCUGCAACGUUGAUUGUCCACGUAAUUUGGCAAAAUCCGUUACCGUCGAGUAAAGGCUCAUUAAAUCGAUCCUUUCGACGAGUAGUUAAGCAGAUGGGGGGAGAGAGAGAGAGAGGGAGAGAUAGAGUGAGAGAGAGUGAGAGAGAGAGAGAGAGAAAGAGGGAGAGAUAGAGAGAGAGGGAGAGAGAGAGAGAGAGAGAGAGAUCGUGCGACGAACUUGAACUUUCUAAUCUUUCAAAAGCACAGAGUAUUUAUCCAUCGGCAAUAAAUGAUCAUUCCGAUCGUUUGUUCGUAUUAUAGGACUCGUUUUACGAUUAUAAAAUAGGACAACCACGUUGUCGUUUAUAAGGAUAACAAAUUUUUCAUGAUUCUUUUUCUCUCAAGGACCAACAGGGCUGUGCAUUUAAUCGACGCGUCGAGUUCGAAAGUAAUUUUUCAAUGGCGAAUCGAACGUAUAUAAUACGGUUGAUUCGAAUCUCGGGUAUAAUGCAAUAUGAUGAAAUAUGAUAUAGAAUACUUUCGAGUUACUGUACCGACGAUACGACCAGGAUUUUGAAUACUUCGUAAUAAGUAAGCGAACGAACCAGAGCUGUGGGAUCGCAUAAAUUUAUAAGAGAGAGAUAAACAUUCUUUUACAUUUUCCAUUUGUACGAGGGAAUAAUUUCAAUUAUUGCAUUUACGGAAAUAAGAAGACUGUAUAAUCCAUAAAUCGUUAUUAUUCUUUGUUUCGUACGACACAUGUGAUAUUAUCGAUUAGAACGUGUUUUAUGAGAGACUGCGAAAAAGAUUUUUACACUCGAGGCGAUCGUUACGAAAUCCUCCGUAGAUCGGUCUUUUUAUGUCACAUUGAAAAUGAUUUUGCAUAGGUACGCGAGUUUAUUCGAAAUUAUAGCCAAAUCGUUCGUACGAUUAAAAUUGAUCGUUGAAAUAUCUCAUGUCAUCCCAAUUAAUUACCGAUGAAAGGCUAACUCAUUACGCGUUUGAGCGGACAAGGUAGAGUAAGAGAGUUUUUAAGUAAUUAUAUAGAUAAGUCAUUAACAAACACGAGCGUAGACGUAGAACGUCAUUUUAUACCGAAAACAAAUUUUCACGAAUAUAAGACGGAUAUAUAGCUCUUAUCGAUUUUGAUCCCCUAAUAAAAAAAAAAAAAAAAAAAAAAAAAA